GAGUCCGUCGUCCGUCAGAGAGUUCGCGAGACUCCAUCGCUAUCUUGUGGAUGCAGUUGUUUGUGGAGUGCGUGCGUUUGAUGGGUUACCUUUUAUGGUGAUUCGAGUAACAAGAAAACAUUGGUUAAGCUUGUGAUGCCUUAAUAGCAGAUUGAAAGAGAACCCUUAAAAAAAAAAUGCUUGGCAGCUUAGGAUGGGUUAUAACACUAGCGAUAGUCAUAUCGUUAGCAAAGGCAAAUUAUCCACCUCCAGAAAGAUUGACAGGAAUGAAUCCAUGCAUUAGUAAGCAAACAUGUCACGAAUGUAUUCAAACACCACAUUGUGCUUGGUGUGCUGCACCAAAAUUCUCUGAAAAACGGUGCUUUCUACCAAAUAUAAAUACCAAAAUAUUUGCAACAUGUCCGGCAGAACAUACUUGGAACCCGGAUAAUGUUUUUAGUAUGACAAGACAUCGAAAUUUAACAAAAGGUGGCUAUACCAUUGGUGGUGCCAGUAGUUAUGAGUACUCAUACUCAAAUUCUAGCUCAUUUAGCUCUAGCUCUCAAUCAAGUAAAGAAAGCAGUAGUAGCAGCAGUAGCAAGAGGCAAGAAGCUGUGCAAAUCUGGCCCCAAGAAGUUAAUUUAAAACUUAGAAUAAAUGAAGCAUAUAGAAUGAAUUUUGCUUAUUCACAAGCUGAAGAUUAUCCUGUUGAUCUGUACUAUCUUAUGGAUCUAAGUAAAUCUAUGGAAGAUGAUAAAAAGAAAUUGUCAGAUUUAGGCCAACUCUUAGUAGAAAGUAUGAGCAAAAUUACAAGUAAUUUCAGAUUAGGCUUUGGCAGUUUUGUUGAUAAAGUUGUAAUGCCUUAUGUUAAUACAAUGCCAAAGUCGUUAAUAGAACCAUGCGAUGGAUGUGCAGCACCAUAUGGCUACAAAAAUAUUAUGACUUUGUCUCAAGAUACUAGUCAUUUUGCAAGCUUAGUACGCAAUGCAUCAGUGUCUGGAAACUUAGAUGCACCAGAAGGAGGAUUUGAUGCCAUUAUGCAAGCUAUUGUUUGUAGAAGACAAAUUGGUUGGCGCGAGAAAGCUCGUAGACUUCUGGUAUUUUCUACAGAUGCUGGUUUUCAUUAUGCAGGAGAUGGAAAGUUGGGUGGAAUUAUAAAGCCAAAUGAUGGCGACUGUCACUUAGAUAUUACUGGACUUUACACGCAUUCUUCUUUACAAGACUAUCCAAGUAUUUCUCAAAUCAACUUAAAAGUUAAACAAAACGCUAUUAAUAUUAUAUGGGCUGUUACUGUAGAACAAUUUGAUGUAUAUAAAAAACUAACUGAACAUGUAGAAGGAUCUUUUGCUGGUAAAUUGUCGGAGGAUUCGAGCAACGUUGUAGAAUUAAUUCGAGAGCAAUAUGAUGCAAUUUCAAGUUCUGUAGAAAUGAAAGAUACGGCCAGCAGUGCUGUAAAGGUAAAAUACUUUUCGAGAUGUUUGGGUCCAGGACCACUUAUUCAGACGUCGAAAUGUGAUGGACUGAAAGUUGGCACACAGGUUGAAUUUAUAGCAGAAAUUGAAGUUACAAGUUGUCCAGAGAAUAGAUCAGAAUGGAGACAGAAAUUUGACAUUUAUCCAGUUGGUAUUAAUGAAACUCUUACGGUAAAUUUAGAAAUGUUAUGUGAUUGCGAAUGCGAACGUGAAGGCGUCAUGUAUGAGCCACAGUCAUCAGAAUGCAAUGGUGUAGGAACUUUAAAAUGUGGCGUCUGUGAGUGUUAUGACGGAUUUUUUGGAAAACGUUGUGAAUGCAGUUCUCACCACGAGAUGACAGGACUUGAUAAACACUUCCAAACUUGUAGACCUGAUAAUACAUCCCUAGUAGAUUGUUCAGGAAGAGGAACCUGCGCCUGUGGCCAAUGUGAAUGUGAGGAAAGAGAAAAUCCCGAAGAAAUAAUAUCGGGUUAUUUCUGUGAAUGCGAUAACUUUUCAUGCGAUCGAGAUCAGGGUUUCUUGUGCUCAAACCAUGGAACUUGUGAAUGCGGACAAUGUGCCUGCAACGCUGGCUGGACUGGACCCUCCUGCAAUUGCAGAUCUUCUAAUGAUACUUGUAUUGCACCUGGCACUACAAACGGAAUAUUGUGUUCAGGCCAUGGUGAUUGUGUUUGUGGCGAAUGUAUAUGUUAUGAGGAAGGAAAUAUGCGAUACUCUGGAAAACACUGUAACAAAUGUCCAACUUGUCCAAGUCGUUGUGAAGAGUUGAAAAACUGUGUUUUAUGUCAAAUGUAUGGCACUGGAAACUACAGUGACAAAGAAGAAUGCGCUAAAAACUGUAAGGAGUUCGUUCCCGAACCAGUUGAUACAGUUAUAGCGGACGAGAAUGAAGACGCAUGCUUUGGAAUAGAUGAGGAUGAUUGUAAAUAUAAUUUCGUCUACUACUAUAACGAAACAAAUUGUUUAGUAGUACGAGCACAAAAAGAAAGGGAAUGUCCACCGCAAGUUUAUAUGCUAGGGAUAGUACUAGGUGUGAUAGCAGCAAUUGUUUUAAUUGGACUUGCUCUGUUACUGUUGUGGAAGUUAUUAACUACUAUGCACGAUAAAAGAGAAUUUGCAAAGUUCGAAAAAGAAAGGAUGAUGGCCAAAUGGGAUACGGCGGAAAAUCCAAUUUAUAAACAAGCCACAUCAACGUUUAAAAAUCCAACGUACGCUGGAAAAUCGUACUAGAAAAUCUUAAUAGAACAUGCAAAAUCAUUACAUUACAGGAAAUUCUGUUUUUUAUACAAAUUUUAAAGUGGUUAAUAUUUAAACUGUGAACAAUGAUCUUAUCAUGCAGAGAAGCAAGCUUUAGCAGUAAAAUUAGACUAAUUUUUAACAUUGUAACUCGUAAGUAUUUAAUGGAAACUAAUGUAGUAUGAUAUUUCAUCAAAUUAUUCAUUAAGUAUGAUAUUAUGAUACUGCCAUAUAACUUAGACUGCUAUGUAUGAGUGUGCAUGUAUGUGAGUAAGUGUAAUUUAUGUGCAAAGAAGAUUUCUAUACAAUGGAAUGUUGUAACGAAGAAUCUCCGCACGAACUAUACGGUAACAUAACGAUCUUAAAAUUUACAGUUCAUCUUACUGUGCAUUUUAUAUACAAGUGCCUUUUGUCUCGUGACGCAAAAGUGGAUAUCAUUUUUAUAUCUCCUCUUUUAGUCUGAAAAUAAUGAAUAUUGUUAAUUAUUUUAAGGGGUUCGUUCAUGCUCUUUGAAUUAUUGCACAGAGCACAAUGAACUCAUGUUUUAAAUAACAUUCAAGAUUUCUCAUAGCUUAAUAUAUUUCAAGUGAACUAUGCAAAUAAGGCACAAUGAAUAUGUGAUAUUCCAAGAUUGAAAACAUUGUUUACAGAUGUAUUUUAAGAAACUAUGAUCGUUUCCUUCUUACGUCUUCCUUGUUCUCACACAUGUUUUUAAAUUUUAUAGCGAAUGGUAUGAACAUAUUUGUAGAAAACUGUAUAAAUGUAUAAAAUAACAAAAAGCAUAGUAAUAAGCAUAAAUCAUAUUACUGUUAAGAAUUACGUAUGCUACGGACUUUUCAUUAGAUGUAUAAAAUACUAUGUAGAUGUAUGACUGCAAAAUUUUGUUGCCUAUCUUCUGUCAUCUAAAAAUGGAUAUAAAAUUAACGUAACUUUCUAAAGCGACUUAAAUUAGUAUACAGUAUGUACUCAAAAAUUAACACCAUACUUUAACAAUGUAUUUAUAAAUCAGUCUUAAUUAUACUAGCAAGAUCUGAUUCAUAACUUUUACACGAUGUUGUUAUUUAAAUAUUUAAAGAAUACAUUAAAAAAAAUCAAAAUUCAAUCAACUAAAUAAUACAGAUUUUUCUAUAACUCAAUAAUAACGACCAUAGUUACGAUAUCAGCUUAUCUUACAACUUAAUGGUAAGAUAACAUGACACAUGUAGUACUGUAUUAUCAUCUGUGACAAUACAUGUAUUUUUGCGCGCGCAUUUAUAUGUUGACAUUGUAGCCUUGUUUUCACAAAUAAACUACUUCUAUAUGAGUGUUCUUUAUAAAUUAAACUAACUAGAACGACUAUUAUACGCACGUAUAAUGAAUAAAAUAAAUAUUAAUGAAUACAUCAA